AAGAGAGUUGUGUCAUGUAGCAAUGAGAAUCAUGACUUCGUCCUUGAUGAGGAAAUCGGUUUGAAAUGCCGCCACUGUUCUUAUGUUUCCGUCGAGAUCAGAGACGAAGAUAGAUUCAGCUUUAAUACAUUAAGCUUUUACAACAGUCUGGUGUUUCAUUAUGAAGCCAAAACAGAACCAAUAUCUGAUGCAGUGGAGCAUUCAGCAAGCAAGACGAUAUACCCAAUUAAGCAUUGGAUGGUUGGAUCAUCACUGCCUUCAAAAUUUAAUCCAGCUACUUUACAAAAGGCCAUAGAUGAGCUUUCCGUCAGCUUUGUGAACUCAAUUGCCACAAUCAAAGGUGGCACACAUGUAGAUUAUGUGACCAGCCAGAUCACAAACUACAUUAUGAACAUCGUGAACUAGAAGAACAAAACCGCUAACGUUAAGGCUCACAAUGUGAAGAACCACUUGUGGGUGUUUGUCAAUCCUGCUUUCGAUUCUCAAACGAAAGAAACUCUGACUCUUUGACAUAGAAGACAUUCUGAAGAAAGGUAUGCUUUGCUUCAGAGCAGUUUCCAGUUUUUAAAUUGCAUUUAUAUAAUUUUUAUGUGUUUAUGUAUUAUGUUUUAAAAGUUUCUAACAUAAAUUUUUACUUAAAUUUAGUAUAAAAAGUUUAUAUUUUUUUUUAGGACACCCACCAAUGUGUUUCCAUUGUAAGCUUAAAAACAAUAAAAUUU